AUGUCUACUUCUCUCCGCUCGAUCAAGUCGCUGGUGCCGCUCCUGGACCGCGUGCUCGUGCAGCGUAUCAAGGCCGAAGCCAAGACGGCAAGCGGCAUCUUCCUGCCCGAGUCCAGCGUUAAGGAGCUGAACGAGGCCAAGGUCCUCGCUGUUGGCCCCGGCGGACUUGACAAGGACGGCAAGCGUACCCCCAUGGGCGUUGCCAUCGGCGACCGUGUUUUGAUCCCUCAAUACGGUGGCUCCCCUGUUAAGGUUGGCGAGCAGGAGUACCACCUCUUCCGUGAUAGCGAGAUCCUGGCCAAGAUCAACGAGUAA